AUGACCUGGCGUAUCCCACUGGUAAAAGGCCGAUUCGCUACGCUACUGAGUGCCUAUUCCCCCACCCUGGACGCCGUUAAUAACAUUAAAGAUGCCUUCUAUGAGUCCCUUGAUGCUGCUCGAUCCAAAAUCCCUGAUUCUGAUAAGCUGAUUCUGAUGGGUAACUUCAAUGUCCGAGUAGGCACUGAUGCCAAGAUUUGGAAACCAGUGAUCGGAAGUCAUGGAAUACGCAAAACAAACAGCCACAGCCUCAGACUCCUCACUCUGUGCUAUGAACCUCAGCUCCUCAUAACCAACACCAUUUUUCAGAUAAAAAAGAAGUAUAUAACAUCAUGGAUGCACCCCAGGUCCAAACACUGGCACUUAUUGGACUACAUUAUCACCCGCCAACAAGAUACAAGUGACGUCUGCACAACCCGGGCUAUGUGUGGAGUGGAAUGCUGGGCUGACCACCGGCUGAUUAGAUCUAAAUUCAAGCUACGGAUCCAAACAUCCACACAAGAAACAAAAACCUAGCAAGCGACUCAUCCGCAAGGCCCUGGCAUCUCCAGAUUGCAUAUCCCAUCUACGCAACACACUGGCUAAGCAACUCGCCACCCUGGUGGACUACAACAACGUCCCCAACAUGGAGAAUGAGUGGGCAAAACUGAGGUCAAUUAUAUAUGACGCUGCCUCAGAGACCGUCAGCUUCACUCAAGAACGCCACCAGGACUGGUUUGACAAACCAAGCACAAAGCCCAUGCUGCCGUUCUUUCCAACCCUCACUCUCCAUCGCUCGCUACAAAGCCAUCCGAGGUGA